AUGCCUGGAUGGAGGUCUCAGUGGCGUCUCGUCCUGCUGAACUCCCUGACCUGUGGCCUGGAGAUCUGUGUGGCAGCUGGGAUCACAUACGUGCCCCCGCUGCUGCUGGAGGCUGGAGUGGAGGAGCGCUACAUGACCAUGGUGCUAGGUAUUGGCCCGGUGCUUGGCCUCCUGUUCAUCCCUCUGAUCGGCUCGGCCAGUGACCACUGCAACAGCAGUUAUGGCAGAAGGCGGCCUUUCAUCUGGCUGUUGUCUCUGGGAGUUCUUGUGGCACUUUUCAUCAUUCCCCACGCUGACGUCCUGGCAGAGUUUUUUGCCUGGGGUGGACGCACCCUCCAGGUGGGCUUCCUUAUCCUUGGCGUGGGGCUCCUUGACUUUUGUGGACAAGUGUGUUUCACACCGUUGGAGGCUCUUCUGUCAGACCUGUACCGGGACGAGGACGACUGCAGCCAAGCCUUCGCUAUGUUCUCCUUCAUGGUCAGCCUGGGAGGCUGUGUAGGUUAUCUGCUACCUGCACUGGACUGGAGUCGCGGUCUGCUCUCAGUUUACCUGGGAGGCCAGGCCGAGUGCCUGUUUUCCCUCCUCAUCCUCAUCUUCAUCUCUAGCGUGCUCAUCACCAUGAAGGUGUCGGAGGAGCCCUCGUGUGCCAGCAGCAGCUUAGCAGGAUCAGGAUCUUUACUGGAGUCGGGCCCCGGUGCCAUCGAGGCCGGCCGGUGCGGUGUGCCGCGUUCAUGCUGCUACCUGCUCAAGUGCAAGCUGAGACUGUUGAAGUCUGGACCCCUGCUGUGCUUACUGAGAACAUGCUGGUCCAUGACCCCGGCCAUCUACAGGAGCUACUGCCACGUCCCUCGGGUGAUGAGGCAGCUGUGUGUGGCCCAGCUCUGUAGCUGGAUGGCUGUCAUGUCUUUCAUGCUCUUCUACACAGACUUUGUGGGGGAAGGUCUGUACGAGGGCGUGCCCAGUGCAUUACCAGGAAGUCUGUCCAGGCAAAAAUACGAUGAAGGAAUCCGUAUGGGCAGUCUGGGCCUGUUCCUGCAGUGUGCUACCUCAACCUUCUUCUCUCUGGUUAUGAGUCGCUUGGUUCGCCAUUUUGGGUCCCGAUGGGUCUACCUGAGCAGUAUGGUGAGCUUCACUGCCUCUGCGAUGGUCAUCUGCCUGUCAAAAAGCGUCGUCUUGGUCACUGUAAUGGCAGCUCUCACUGGCUACGCAUACGCAACGCUGCAGACCCUGCCUUACACACUCACCUGCCAUUACCACAAGGAGAAAGAGGUCUAUAUGCCAAAAAGGAUAACCAAAAGCAUAUACAAAAACGGCGUAACAGCCAAGCGGGACUCUGUGUAUUUGACUCCUGUGGAAGAGGAGGCUGGACUUAACCACAACCCUUACAAGCAUGCCUUCCUCAGCCAGGACAGCUAUGAGUACUACCCCGGCCCACAGAGCCAGAACGGCUCAUCUCACAGCUCCGGGGGCGCUGAGCCGGACGAGGCCGAGUCGGGGUAUGAGAAACGUGGCGUGGGCUUGGACUUUGCCAUUUUAGACAGCACCUUUCUCCUCUCUCAGGUUUUUCCCACCCUCUUCAUGGGCAUGAUUGUUCAGUUCGCACAGUCGGUCACUGCCUACAUCGCCUGCUCUGCCAUCUUCGGAGCCGUCGCCAUCUACCUGGCCAGUCAGAUUGUCUUUGACCAAAAGGACCUCAGAAGCUGAGCUGUGGAUGCAAAAGAUGGGACGGAGAUAGAAUCAAAACAAAUCAGUCAGUCAUUCAGGUUCCAUGGUUGGAGCUCGGCAGUGCACUACUGUUCCCAGAAUGCCUUGUGCUAGUACCAUCGGUUUGGUUUUAUGAAAGCUCCGCGUUUAGAAAGUGUGUUUGUCGGUGUGGGGCAGCUUACGUGAUGUGGCUCAUAAAAGUAAAAGCCACUGGAGCCGUGUUAUCUGCCAGUAUCAUGCGGCUUCCAUGUAACAGCAGGAACUGUUUGCUGCCACCUGAAGAGUCAACACCAAGUGUGUGCUCAGGUCAGGGCGGUACAUUCUGUACUGAGAGCUGUUGAAUUCUAUAGACGUCUCUAAAACCUUUUGUUGUGACAUUUUAGUCCAUCUUUUUCCUCAGGAACCAUCAAAUGGAUUUACUGUAGAACUCAUCAACCUCAGCUACACAGUGACUAACCUGUUUUUGUGUGUGUGUUGUUGUUUUUUUUAAUUAUCGUAUGCUGAGUUAUCCACAGUUUUUAGAAGUACAGCCUGUUUUGUACUCAAAACAAACAUCUCAGACAGUAUUGGUUUGUGCAGGCUCUUCUGCAGCAUCAAUAAGGCAUUCUGGAGUGCAGUCAGCAUCUUACUUAUUUUAUUUCAAUUUUAAUUAGAAGCUAAACCCCUUGAGGUAUCAAUAAAGUUUUAUCUUAUCUUACAUUGUCUCCUCCUGAGGGAUCCUCAGUGAGACAUGCCUGUCUUUCGGCACAGAAUGGAUGCAUGAAUGCAUUGUUUUUAUUUGUUUAGAAACCAGAACCACCAGUGGGAGCACUGGGACUCCUCUGUCCAGGAUAUAACGGGUGCUCCAGUCAUACACAGCUGCAGCUCCAUUAAAGGUGGAGUCUGCGAUUUUAUUAUUUUAUUACUUUUGGUCAGAUUUGGCUAAUUUUACCUCGUGGUUGGCUCGCUGUCCGUUCUGUGUCAGCACUGAGAAAACUACCUGCUCUACACGCAUCAGCCACAACAAUAAAACCACCUGACCAGUAUUGUGUAGGUCCCCCUUAUGACAGCUCUGACCUGUAGAGUCAUGGACGCGGGACCUUUGGGGGUGUUCUGUGAUGUUGACUGGAUCUUUAGGGUCCUGUGGGUUGCGGGAUGAGACCUGAUCAGAUUGGGAUCUGGGGCGUUUGGAGGCUGAGUUAUCGCCUUGGGCUCUUGGUUGUGUUUCUCAAGCUGCACCUGAGCAGCUUUUUCGUAGCAGCAGGGAACAUUGUCCUGCUGGUUGCGGCUGCUGAGGCGUGUUAUUGCCAUAGUUUGGUCAUAGGUAGGUGGAAAGUGUCCCCAUGAAUCCCAGCACUGAGGGUUUCCCACCGUAACAUCACACUGACAAGAUGACUGGUGGAUGUUGCCCUCCUAAAACCGAUCUGCAGACUCCACCUUUAAGUCAGGACCCGUGAGAUACAGAUUAACAAAGUGUGGUCAAAAUGUUUUGCCAUUUAGCCCCUAUGAUGGGUUGGCAAAAUGAUUUCUCUUACAGUUCCCAUAAUGCAACUCCCAGUAGAUUUUCUGUCAGCUAUUUGAAGCUCAGAAUAACCCGGGUGGCAUCAGCACGAUCAGUACACUGACUUCAUAGGUACGAUUAGUGAACUCCUUUCCCUGUACUCUGAUACUGCCUCCAUCGUUAGUUAGUAUCCCCCCCAAUUUAAUGUCACCUAUUACUUAAUGAACAGGUUUACUGAAAAUAUUUUGUAUACAAUCCUACUGUAUUAUCCCUAUGGGAGUUUUGUUAUGCAACCUGCUGAGGUGAAGUCAUCGACUGUGACGCUUUAAGAAUGAAGCUGUUUAACUGGAAUACCACAGCGAGCGUCCUCCGUCUAGAUAAUCAAGGGAAGUCUGGUCUAGCGGUCCGCUCAUCGUGUUCAGCUCUGCUUCUGGCUCACAGAGUCGUCUCAACUUGUUUUCAUACACUUACUUUUUUUUUUGCCACUGUUCCUGUUGCCUAAAGUCUCGCUUUGUUUUGUUUUUUUACUGCAUUUUCAAACGACAAUCUCGUGCAUCCAGAUGGACUCGUUACGUAAUGCUGGUGGUGAACAUAUAGGGUGACGUCUCAGAGCACCCGUUCCUAAAAAGACCAAAAAAAAAAAAGUCACGCAGUAAACGGAAACAUUUUGUUACUGAAAAUCACGCGAGCGUGGUCGCUGUGUAUGGAUGGGCAGAGGGCCACGCCGAGUUUAAGGAUGUGUGUGUGUGUGUGUGUGUGUGUGAGUGACGUGGACUAAGGGAAAGCAUGAGUAAUGCUGAAGUGAGAUGUUAAUGAAAAGUGAUAUGACUCAAGUGUAUGGAGUUUUUUUUUUUGCUGUAUGUUGCGAAGCACUGCGGCUUUCAGUUGAGCUUUUUUAAAUUGGCCACAAGAUGUAAUCACCACCGCUUGUGUCUCAACCAGCAAGUGAAUUCAUUUAAGAUUUUUAUUUUUUUUUGGGUCUGAUCCUACACAAGGGGUAAUAAAUGAGGCUCUGCAGAUACAAAUAGUCCUGAAGGAACUUGCUGCCUGAGUUGUGCUCAGCAUGGAGGAGCAGAGGAUUUGUCAUGUUGACAUUACUGCAAAGUAGAACGCUCAAGCAGCCGACUUAUCCUCUCACCCUGAAACACACAGGAAAAUAUUGUGUGGCAGUAGCUGAAGCGUCACAAAAAGGUUGAUUUUACGAGAUAUAUUAAAAAAAAAAAAGUGCCUGUACAUUUUUCAAACAUGUUUUGUACAUAUGUAUUUAUUUAUUAUGCUUUUAUUACAAAAUAGCAUGUAUUAAACUAUUGGACUCUGCGGCAUCUUUCAUAGGUGCAGGGGUGAAGGCUGUUUCUGUGAAAAAGAUAAAUUAUUUGUAUAGAUAUGGUAUAGAAGCGUCCUCAAAGCUAUAAUUUAUUUUAACCGUACCCACUUUCUCCUGUAGCUUUGGCAACAUCACAGCGUUUUGCUGCAUAUCUGCUGUCAGUGUGGAUCGAGUCAGCCGCAGACGUGAAAACUUAAAGUGUCGUUAUCAUCGCAGCUCCUGUUACACAACUGAGAUGCAUUGAGCUGGGUUUGUUUGUUUGUUUUUUCUAGUGCAAAUAAGAAAUCUUGUCAUUUUGUCAAUACUGCUUUAUCUGGGUCUUAUAUAACCACUUGUUUGUUCUUAUCACAGAUCUGUUAUAUUUAACUAAACAGAUUAACUCGACAGAUAUCUUUAGCUGAAUCAAUGGAGUUCUUUUCACUCCUUGUUGCCCGAAACCAAAUGCCCAGUUUGAUUAAAAGAAGUGCCAAUGGUCAGACUAUGUUAAGGCCAGAAGUUGUUUUGAUAUGGAUUUCUUUCUUUCUUUUUUUAAUCACAAGAUUUCAGUCACUUGUGUCAUUGCCAUUAAUGCAUUCAGCCAUAACAAAAAAUCCUGUAUUUCAUUUUCAUUCUACAUCUAUCAGAUUGUGUAUAAAUAUGCAGUUACCAAAUAGAUUUUAUACAAAAUAAAAGAACUGCAUUGUCAAUGAGAA